GCUUUCUGCUGUGGGGAGGGCUACACUUUUAGAGUUUACACUUUAUUCUCCUUUAUCAUUUCCUCUUAUUUUCAUGGUUGGAUCUGUAUUUGUUUGAAGUUAAGGAAGCAGAAGUUAAGAGGAUGCGAGGGACUACAUGUCUUACCUUCAUACAAUAAAUAGUUUUCCAUAAUUGAUUGAGAAAUUACAUUUGAAUGUAAUUAUUUUUUUUUCUCACUCAUUUUGCCACUCAUUUUUGUUUUUGAUUUUACUCGUUAGCCUCUGAAUACUUUUUAUUUGUGUUCCCAUGAUAAGGUGGGAUAAAAGGUUUUGCCUUUUAAUUACACACAUACUUGUUAUACUUUCAAUUUACUUGCAUAGAAUCAUGAAGCAUAAUUUAACCUGGUGUUAUGCAAAAAAUACCUGAAACUAUGAAAUAUUAAUAUUCCAAGUAUUCAUCACAAUAUCGAUUGGCCCACAGCUAAACAAUGAUCUUGCUUAUUUAUUUACAAAGAAUGUAGGCCAAUGAAUCAAGCUUUUAUUAAAUGUAAUAAAAUUAAAUAAAAAUAAUAAAGUUUCAAAAAUAAAAAAAUCACAUUCUACUAGGGCACAAAAAUGUUGCGCAGCCAAAGCUCUUCUUGUAGAAAACACUUGGGUGCUUUUUCCCCUUUUAAAGUGCAUUGUUUCAGUGGGCAGAACUCUGUAAUCAGCUUGUGUCAUUCUGCAUUUCCAGCACAAAGUUAAAGCACUUUCUUCAGUCAGGGCUGUGCACUUCAGUCACUUUGCUUUGCCAGCUGUCGCCAAACACAAAAUAAAUUAAAGUUCUGCAAAACAUGCUUUUCCGCAGUGAUCAGGCACCAAAACAAAAUGUUUUAAGAGUCCUUAUGCCUUUUUUAACUUGCACUAUGAAAAGCGACAAACACCAUAAGCUUCGCAUUUCUGUAUGCUUUCAUGAAAUAAACAAGUGCUUGAGCUUAUUCCUUUCCGCCGUAUUCCUUUGUGUUGAGCCGGUUGCUUAGACAACAAGCUUGUUCACAUUUUCAGACGAUAGUGGAAGUUUUCUAGGCACCAUUAUGUCUUCUUAGAAUCCCUUCUCCGUUCAGCCUGUAAGUCAGAGGCUUUUCAUCUUGCAAUUGUGGCAGAAGUUUAAAUUGCACUCUGUUUGAUUGGUGGGUUUUUAGAGAUUCCCACUUCCUGAAAUAUGUGUCGCUUUCUCACAAAAUGCACUUCUAUUCCAGGCAAGGGAAUAGCAAUUGAGUUUAGAGUAGUAAAUGUAUGUUUUAGCACAGGCGUUGUACUGCAAACUAGUUGUGCUGGAGUGAUGCUAAAAUUUGCACUGACAGUCGAUACAAGUAACCUUGUUUUGAAUCCAAAGAACCAUCUGGAAGUUUAAAAUUAAUCUCUGUUCCAAUUCCCCAGUGAAUGUCUCAAUUUCAGCUUCAUUUUUUCCCUUCCUGGGGUGAGCUUUUCUGUACGUCAGUUCAGUGUUACAAACAAAACCAGUGGGGUCUGCCAUUUACAAUAAUUAUUUCAAUAUCAAUUACAGAUUUGCUGGACCGCACACGGUUAUACCGUCUUCAAGCCUAGCCACCGUACUUUUGCAAUCCACCAGAUUCGGGAUGCCGUUUUUGUAAGAUCUAUCCUGCUUGGUUAAGCUCUGAAAGAGUAGAAUUUUUGGAAGGAUUUUGGAAAAAGUCUAUUGUAGAACUCCAUUGCCAGUAGGGAUUGUUAUAUCGGCAUUAAUUGUAAUUGUAAUUGCAUAUUUGCGCUCUCACUCGCAAAUUCUCAAGUUUGACAUGUCAGUACGGUCACUGACUGUUUGUGGUCAUGUGCUUACGAGAGGAUCCUCAGGAGUUUGAACUGGGCUGCUGCUGUUCGUGGUUAGCUGCCAGCUCCUGCCUCACUAAUGCAUAGCAAUUAGCCCAAGUGUGAUCAGAGGCGAUGGUCAUUUGCUUCCAGCAGGUGCUGCCUCCAAAUGGAAGGCUUGUUACCCUUCAGAGCUGAGGCCGUUAUUAUUAACUCUCUUUGCGGACUAAGCAGGGCUUCUUUCGCUUCAGCCCAUACAUGCUGUCCAUAUAUCUAGCUGGAUAUUUUCAAGUGGUUGAGGUCAAGUACUUACUCUAAAAGGGGAAAAUGGUAGUGUUGACCCUGGAGUUAAAAAUGGCCAUCUCGCAGCACCAUGCACUGCUCCACUGAGCACUUUAACUUAGUAAUUCAUGCCAUUUUCUAAAUUGUGUGAUUUUGUCUUUGAAUCUUUCACCUUUGCUGCUGCUGAUUUAUUAGAUUUUUUUUCUUGUUCUAAAUACCGACUUGCUUCUCUUUGUCCCCUCAGUACAUUUUAGUUUGUGAACGGUUAUUUAUGAAUAUGAUCACUUUUAUAAAUUCUUUAGCAUUGCUAAAUGUUCUGGUUGUGUCUGAUUGUCUGGACAUUGUGCUUAAUUUUAACACAAAGUCACACAGGUUUAGAUGAGGUUUGUUCCAUUUUCAGAGUUGUGUAAUGUGGUGUACAUCUCUGCUGUGGCGCUGCUUUCCUGAGUAGAUGCUGAUGCAUGUAUUGUAAGUCUCUUGAAUCUCUGGGUGGGGGAGGAUAACUCCUGUGGGACAGCCCUAAUCCAGGUGCAUGUGUCCUAUAUCGAGCCCCAACACCUGUCACCUGCGUCUACUUUCUUUCUGAAAAGCCCCCCGGAGCCUUUUCCGUGGAGCGCUGCAGUUUUAGCGCUCGUUUGAUAAUGGCUCGCCGAAAACCGGGCUGGAGCCGUCAGCCGACGGCAGCGUUUCUCUUCAUUAGACCCUUUUGUUCCCGAUGCAUCUCUGCUCACGGUUUAAUAACAAAGGGGGAAAGGAGAAUAAAAUGUGUCCUAAUGUGCUGGGUCUGAUGACUGUUGAAUGUCUGUGGUAUCAGCAUUAUCGUUGGCUCACCCAGCUCCGGGGGCUUAAAGAGCCCUUCCCAAUUAGGGAUGGAACAAUGGUCACCCGUGGAUGACGGCGGUACUCUGCAUUGUCAGGCCCGCGGCGCCCCCCCCCCCCCCCAGGCCCAGGUGUGGGCAGAAGGGCCCUCGAGCAAGGCCGGGUGGACUGGAGGGCCCGCUGACAUGCCACUCGGAGCCCUGGUCAGGAUGCCGUCCCAUAUCAGCUCUGAAUGGCCGAAGGGCUCCCAUUACGCCUGCAUAAACCUACCCCCCCCCAGAGUACCUAAACGGUUUCUAAUGAAGCAGCCGUCCCGCGUUGGGCUCCUCUCAAACCCUUUUGUGUUUUGUGUCCUCCGAGGCGAAUGAGCCGCUGCACAUGUCCACCACUCGGGAAGAUGAGUGCGCCGCUUUCAUCUGCUGCUCGCUCUCCGGACCCCAGCUUGUGCUCCGGACGCCGGCUUUCCAUCUGCGUGCAGAUGCAAGCAAACAAAAAGGCGAAGAAAGGAGCAUGUACAUCCCAACACUGGCCAUUCAACCUGGAAAGAGGACUCGGCGCCUCCUUCCACUGCCACCCAGACCACGCCUGCGGGGAGGAGAGUGACAAGAGUGAAGACAGUCCCAGCCCAAAACGCCAGCGCCUGUCCCAGCAGUCAGUGCUGGAGCUGGGCCCCGCCCCUCCCUCUACCCCCUCGCCCCCCAUGCGCCCAUGGGAGCUCCCGCCCAGCCGCCGGCCACACCCCCACCCCCACAGCCACGCCCACCCGCACUAUGCGCCGGAGCUCUGUCUGACCCCCGCCCGCAGCCGCCGCAGCCCUCCCGUCAGGCGGCAGCGGGGUCGUCGGGAGCGGCUGACCCGACAGCACCAUGCCCACCACGGCUCCCCCGGGGGGGCCCAGGACGAGAACUACCACCACCCCCACCUGGCCCCGCACCACGCCCAGCACCCGCCCCACUCGCUCCAGCCGCACCCGUACGGCCAGCCUCCCCCGCCUCCCGGCCUGGAGGAGCCGCGAGCCUUCCACCCCCCCACGCUGUCACCCCGCCUGCUGCACCCCGCCGCUCACCCCCAGCAGCAGAGCAUGGUGGUGGACCUCCACGACCAGCUGCAGCAGGGUACAGUGCCGGUGUCAUACACGGUUUCGCCGGUGCCUCCCCAUGGGCUGCCCCCACCCCUCUGUACGGGACAGCACCUCCCUGCCUGCUCCACCCAGCAGCAGGUCCCAGGGUGCUCAGUGGUGUUCAGCGGCCAGCAUUACCCCGUCUGCAGCGUGCCCCCACCUAUGCUGCAGGCCUGCUCAGUGCAGCACUUGCCGGUGCCCUACGCAUUCCCCUCCCUCCUCUCCAGUGACCCCCCUUUCCUCUUGCACCCGCCCCAUCUACCCCACCACCCUCCUCACCUGCCCCCACCGGGGCAGUUUGUACCCUUCCAGACGCAGCAGUCUCGUUCGCCUCUGCAGAGAAUCGAAAACGAGGUGGAGCUUCUCAGCGAGCACCUGUCUGUGGGCGGGGGCUUCAACUUCCCCCACUCGGCCCACGCCAGCGCCAUGCCCCCUUCCACACCUCUGCAGUUCCUCUCCCAUGAUCCCCUACCUCAGGAACUCUUUGGAGUGCCGUACCCCCACUUCAUGCCUCGCAGGAUAACGGGGCGACGGUAUCGCUCCCAACAGCCUGUGCCCCCUCCACCCUACCACCCCAGCUUCCUGCCGUACUUCCUCUCGAUGCUGCCAGUCCAGCCCACAGUGGGGCCCGCCAUCAGCCUGGAACUGGAUGUGGACGACGGCGAGGUAGAGAACUACGAGGCUCUGCUGAACCUGGCUGAGAGACUGGGAGAGGCUAAACCUCGCGGGCUGACCAAAGCCGACAUCGAACAGCUUCCAUCUUACAGAUUCAACUCCAACAACCAUCAGUCUGAGCAGACCCUGUGUGUGGUGUGCAUGUGCGAUUUUGAGUCUCGCCAGCUGCUCCGGGUCCUGCCCUGUAAUCACGAGUUUCACGCCAAGUGUGUGGACAAGUGGCUCAAGGCUAACAGAACCUGUCCCAUCUGCCGAGCGGAUGCUUCUGAGGUCCAGCGAGACUCCGAGUGAGGGGGGCGGGUCCACCUGUAUAUAAGCCCCUUCCCCACUCCCUGCCUCUGCAAACCGCACCGGGGUCCUGUCCGUCAUUUCAUCACACUUUCCUCAUUCUCCUCUCCUUCCACUUUAUUUUUUACAUCUCUCUCCCUCUCACACACACACACACCCACACACACACACUCCGUACAUGUGUUUUCCUUUCGCAAUGCGUGAGUUAGUGUUACCUUUGACAUGUUGCAGUCUUCUAUACUGCAGACACCUGAGCCGCAGAAGCAUUAACAGGGUUGGUUUUUAACUGAGACUGUGACUGUAACUCCAAAGAUCAUUGUUCUCAAUAUUCCUACAAUCAGUAUAACAGUGUUUUCAUCCUGGUAUUGGCUUUCUCCACUGUAUUAUGUUUAAAGCUCUUGCUUUCUGUGUGUGUGCACGUAGGUGCGUGUGUGGGCGGGCUUAAACAUUCCCAGGUAUUGAAAAGUUUUUGUGACUGUGGAAACUGUGCAUGUGGUCUUUGUACUACAUGACGGGGGUGGGAGGGCAAAGAAAUGUAAUGGAAGGUUAAUUUUUGGGUUCAAAAUUGAGAAUGAGAAGUACAGAUAUCUAGGUCAAAAUUAAAAUGGGGGGCAGGUGUUGCUUAAUGCAAUAUAUUAUAAGUUUGUCUUUGAGAAUUGGAGUGCUCUGAGAUUAAUGUAGAUUGUUUGUGUGUGUCUGUCUGUACACCCACAAACGUGUGUGUGUGUGUGUGUGUGUGUGUGUGUGUGUGUGUGUGUGUGUGUGUGUGUGUGUGUGUGUGUGUGUGUGUGUGUGUGUGUGUGUGUGAGUAAUUGUGUGCUGCUGAUUAGUGGUUAUUUAAGUACCAUACACUGGUCCUGCCCCCCCACCGAUGGCCAGUGUCCAUUAACAACCUCGGGGUGUGGAUACUGCGUUUCCUGGUUCUGCCCUUCGCUCCAAGUCCGAUGCUGUUCACAGGAUGUCUCCAGGUUUUGUGGCCUGCUGAUUGGACAGCAGCUCAUUCCACCCGCCAUGCCACGCCUCCACCCACCAUCUCAUAGGCCCUCGGGACGGAGCCUCUCUGCCUGCUCCGCGCGCUCAGUAGAGCGGUAGGAGGACAUUCCCCACAGCCGCACGGGGGUCAGUCUGGGGUCCUAAGGGGGGGGUCCCAAGGGGGGGUCCCGUACCGUCUGUGUGUUCGCAGUGCAGUUUGUCUGGGUGGGACGGAGGGAGGGCACUGGACAAAGCACUGCCGUCGCCCCGGUUUCAGUCACUGCCAUAGCAACGCAGAAAUCACCGGCUGCCCCUCUCUCUGAAAUUGGUUCCCUCUUUUUCUUUUCUUUUUUUGGUUGUGUGCACAAAAUUAGCUGUGUAUUAUUAUUACCAUUAUUGUUAUUAUUACUUUAUGGUUGUACAUAUAAAGGCACAUAAAUGUGAUGAAGACUUAUCACUCUUGAGAUGAUUGUUUUUGCAUUAGAAGGGAAGCACAGAUUUGUAUUUUUGUGGUGUUGUGGGGACUGGUUUCUCCAGAGGUCAGCUUGAGGGUGAAGGUGAGGGUGCCCGUGUCGGCUGAGGGGUGCAGAGGGGUGGGGAUGCUGUUACUUACCGCUGUCCGGGGCAACCCAAACCAGCAAUCUCAGCCUUGGGUUUAUCCCUUUUCACCAUUUUUCAGGGCCCUGAAAUCAUGCAUUAAUUGCCAAAAACCCGUUACCCAGUUGUUGUUGUUUUUUACCUAAAAUCUUCAACAUGUCUUUCAUCCAUUCCACACAGUCACUCACCCACCCCGGUCCAGCCGCCUGUUCCCGUCAAUCCGCCGAAUGUCUUUAGAAUAAACAAUUUUUUCCGAUCGGAACCUGCAGUGUCUUAACAAGAGAGGCCUUUUCCUCAUCUCCAGCAUUUGUGUCAUUAGCCGAGCCUCGGUGUCUGGAAAGACCCUUUUACCACUGUUUAACCGAGGGUCCCAAGGGUCCUGCUGUUCCCUGGUUAACUGGGAAGGUCCUUUUACCACCGUUUAACGCAUCUGGGUUUUGUCAUAGUUAUUUCAGUAUUUUAUUUUAUUUUAUUUUUUAUUUUUUAUUUUUUUCUCCCCUGCUUGGUACACUUGCAGUUACCUCAUUUUCACUAUUUAUGUAUUUUCAGAAUUUGCUGAACCAAUACUAGCUUCUGAAUUUGAGCUUUUUGUUGUUUUUAUUUUGUUCUAUUAAAUAUACACAACUGUAUCGAUUAACAUGACGUUGUAGGUUCACAUGUAUGAUAACUGUAACCAAAAUCAUUUGAAGGCUUGAUAUAAAAAUUUUUAACAGACAUUUGUACAUUUUUUAUGAGAGUUAUUACCAGUAAUGCUUUACUAAGUAGUGCAAUGAAUUUUUAUUUUUAAUCCCUGUACCCAGUUUUCUGGAUCUGAGAGGGUGGUUCAAUAAUAAAUGUAUAAUGUACACUUCCAA